CAACAGAGCGACUAGUGUUUUCUCUUCAUCCCAAUCCAUUCCAUCUUCGUCGUCGUCGGCCUGCACCUCUAGCGCGUCGAGCUCUCUGCGCAGGUCGCGUUUGGGGCGUACGGGAAUUUCUUCUUCUUCGUCUUCUUCUAGGAUCGUGGGGAGGACCGGCCGCUUGCUCUUCUGGUACCGAUUCACAAACGGACCCGGCUGGCCGCUCGACAAGAACCGUGCAUGUUUCGCAUGGAAGCCCUUGGAGGCUAGCGGGGACUUGGGCGCCGGCGCGAUGCGGUCUAGUGUGUGCGCGGGUGAGCGACUUGGAUAGCUGUAUGCGCACACCUCAAGAACACUUACUCGCUCGCGCCAGCUUGUGUAGCUUCGGACUGUGCGCGGCGACGCGCUGUGAGAGCUGCCUGACCAUCUCUUUGAGCUGUGGCGGAGGAGGAGUAUACAGUCCUGACGAAUCAAGAGUAACGAGCAAAGGGCGUCUAGAGGGCGGAUCGGUUCGUUUGAACCUUAGUCGCUGAUGGCCGAGCGCCGCGCGCGACGGAUCUGCACCCCUCUGAAAGUGGGUCUGUUCAUUCUCCCUUCGACACCCCACACCCCCGCUCUCUUUUUUUCGCGGUUUUCCUUCGUCGCGUUCUCUGCUAUCCUCACAGAGAACCUGAGAAUUUACUUUCUCAGUCGUCGUUCAUUUCAAGCCCAGGCGAUCUGUCUCGCACCCUCGUUCCUUUGCUACCGCCCUGGACCGCAUAGGCUCCUUGUCUUCCAUAUCCAACCCAACUAGCUUUCAGAUAUGAACGGCCGCCCUCAUAAGCAGUCCAUGAGCGAGCUCAAGCUCCGUCGCCUCGAGGAGCAUAAUCAGCGGUUGUGGGAGGAUCUCAAUCGGCCAAGGAUCAAGGUCAGCGAAGCAAGCCUCAGCUUGAUCACAUACUGUAAGACGACGAAGGACUACCUGAUCCCAUCUGUAUGGGGGACCGUGUCCAAAGCGGAGGAUCCGUACGCACCAGCACAAGCAGCAGAGGGCUGCAAUUGUACCGUCAUGUAACUCCGAGGUUACUCGAGAGACACGCCCGCUGCACAUCGGCCAGGAGCUCGAGGCAGGUCGCGAACUGAAAGAAUGCGCAUUGCGACAUAACCUGGCUGUGCUGCCAUCAUCAUCACCGCUCGCGUCUCUGCCUCGUCUUCUCGUUCAGGUGUCGCCACAACCCACCCUCGUCUCCGUCGAUGAAACAUCCGCUCCCGAUUGCCUCCGUCAUGCCGCGACUCUGCGCGUGCAUUCCUCACGCUCUUUACAUUCACCACGCUCGCCAAGCACAACAGUAUUUUAAUGCCAAAUUUCCAUAUUCAUUCAGCGACUUGCGGAACAUUUCUUUUUCUCUUCCGGAGACACAUACAAGACGUUCCGUUUCUCAUGUUACAUAUAUUUCAUGCACGCCAUUGGAUCUUUCGUUCUCCCAACCGUAGCAGCCCGUUAUCUUGAGUUUAUCUGCGUUCACUUCUUCCUGUUAUGUUUUGUCUUCUUUCUGUGUACCCAGCUAAUCCAACGGAAGAUUUGGUUAG